AUGUCUUUUACCUCUGAUCCAGAUGCAGACCCAAACCAGACUUGUCCACACGUGGUUCUGCGGAAAAGGGCGGAUUAUAUCGGAAUCGAGAAUACCCCCAUUGCAACCUUUCUGAUCAAUGCGUCUAUCUGUUUAGACUGUAAUCUGGUGUUGCAAGUCAUUGAAGCUGUCAAGCCGGGCUGGGUAAAAAAGAACGCUUACCUCGGUCUAGUUGACUACCAGCGGGCGAAAUCAGAGGACGACUGGUUUACUAUAGUACCUCAAUUUACCCUGCAUCUGCAGCAGCCCGAAGGAAGGGAAGAUGCUGACUUGGACCAACCUACAACCUUCCACUUUCUCAAACGUGCUGCCACUGCACGUUACGAAGCGCAAUUUUUCGAUUGGCAUACUGGCAAGAGCCCCGAAUAUACGGGGAAAUUUCUCGCUCAGUCUCUUGAGGUGACGCAUGAUUCAGGCUCACCAGCAGCUUUUGAACGAGCUCGUCACUGGUUGUCAUACUGUGACGAGCAUGACGAAGCUUGUAAGCCCCCGAACCCUGAUUACAAACCGCGGCGUCUUAUCAAUGUCGGCUCGUUGAAUGGGAUACGCGAGCCAUUCCUCUUCGAACCUGUCGAGCCGGUACGCUACGCAUGCCUUAGCUACUGCUGGGGAAAGGAUCUUGAUCAAGUCUUGACCACAACAACCCAUAACCUGGAGUCGCACUAUCAAGCUAUCGAACUCACCACGUUACCACUCGCCCUUCAAGAUGCCAUUACUGUCUGCCGAAGCCUUGAGAUACCUAAUCUAUGGGUCGACUCUCUGUGCAUCGUCCAAGAUGAUCGAAUUUCCUGGUUACACGAUGCAUCUGCAAUGCACGAUAUCUAUCUCAACUCGUACCUUACCAUCUCAGUCAUGGAACCCAAUUCAUGCAAAAUGCGAUUCCUCGGCAAACAGCGCUUCGGUGAUCCUACUUGGCAACAACUCCUUUGCACUACCCGCCCCGACACCGCCCCUCCUUUGGACCUGUUAAUACGCCCCGGAAAGUUCUACCCCAGAUCAUAUCGAGACCGAUCAUCUCUCGAUACAAGAGGAUGGUGCUUACAAGAAUCCGUCCUACCGAACCGCAGACUCUGCUACGAUGGCAACGAAAUGAUCUGGGAGUGCCUCUGUCGCCAGCUCUGUGAAUGCGGACACGCAGUGGCACCCCAAGUACCACGACACACGACGCUCGAUUACGGCAAGCUCGGGGCUUCCAUCAAAACCGAAAUCCUGAAGACGAAAGUCCGAUCCGAGAGACAAGGAUAUCCAGAGUGGCAUCGGUCUUCGCUGGGCUCACGGUUAUGGCUUGAGCCUCACCAGGCACCAUACCAGAGAUGGAGAGAUCUUGUCUCGGAUUAUUCCCACAGGUCACUCACUAAGAAGCAUGACCGGUUACGAGCUAUUUCUGGCCUGGCGAAAAUGGUGGGGAAUCAUAUGCGGCAAGGGUCCGAAGCAGCGGUUGAGUAUCUGGCUGGUCUUUGGAAGAAAGAGAUUCCGUUUGAUCUGUCGUGGGAGGUUGAGCCCCCUAAUGAAGGUGCGGAGAUACCGGAAAGCGGGACCGUGAACGCGAAUGAAGCUGCAUACUAUAUUCCGACCUGGUCGUGGGCAUCUGUGGGAAGACCUGUCACCUAUCGAUUUGACCUUCCCUUGGAGAUAUGGAAAUAUGAGCCCGUGGCCGUUGAUCAGUGCAUCGUCGAGCGAGUUCACUGUCAACAUGAGCUACUGGAGGACUCUAUGAGUGCUGUUACAGACGGUUCUAUUGUUUUGACGAGCGCCUUUGCGCCAGUAAAAUUGAUACGCCUUGAGGAACUACCAGAAAAGCAGAAAGGGCAAGUCAUUUAUGAAGACGAAGUCCGAUAUUAUACCUUCGUGCAGUGCUCAGAUGGACAGAAGGUAAGUGUGACCCUCGAUAAGCCGGAGGUGCACAAUGCAGACGAAUCAUAUUACUGCCUCCGGUUAUUUUCUUGGGUGUCUGAACGGAAUCAGAGGAUGGGCCCGGAAACGUGGUUCCUCAUAUUAGUGCCAUCGACGCACAAACCAGGUGCUUUUGAGAGAAGGGGCGUUGGUCUGUGGGAUAGAUUGCUAGCAGGUACGGAUAGCAGGUCGUGUCCUAUCUUUGAGGGGGGUGAAAUUGCUACGGUGGAGAUUGUUUAG